GAUGUCUUUGCAUGUCGGUUUCAUUUCGAAGUGCCUUUCCGGAAUCGUCGUUACAUCUGCUGUGAACUUUAAAGCCAGGAACUUUAGAAGCUAACUAGCAAGCUAAACUGAUGUUAGCAGGCGAAGUAUGGCGAUGACUGGCCAGAGCUCGUGUGCUUCGAUGAGUAACCACACCAAGGAACGGGUCACCAUGGCCAAAGUGACCCUGGAGAACUUUUACAGUAACCUCAUUGCUCAGCAUGAGGAGAGAGAGAUGAGGCAGCAGAAGCUGGAGAAGGUGAUGGAUCAGGAGGGGCUGGCUGAUGAAGAGAAACGUAUCCGGCGUUCCGAGCAUGCCCGGAAGGAAACGGAGUUCCUGCGUUUAAAACGCACUCGGCUGGGACUAGAGGACUUCGAGUCCCUGAAGGUGAUUGGCAGAGGAGCAUUUGGAGAGGUUCGCCUGGUGCAGAAAAAAGACACGGGGCACGUCUACGCCAUGAAGAUACUCCGUAAAGCUGACAUGUUGGAGAAAGAACAGGUGGGCCACAUCCGUGCUGAGCGGGACAUUCUGGUGGAAGCAGACAGCCUGUGGGUGGUGAAAAUGUUCUACAGUUUCCAGGACAAGAUGAACCUUUACCUCAUCAUGGAGUUUCUCCCUGGAGGAGACAUGAUGACUCUGUUGAUGAAGAUGGACACUCUGUCAGAGGAAGCCACUCAGUUCUACAUUGCAGAGACGGUGCUGGCCAUCGACUCCAUCCACCAGCUGAGCUUCAUCCACAGAGACAUCAAACCUGACAACUUGCUGCUGGACGCCAGAGGUCACGUGAAGCUGUCAGACUUCGGCUUGUGCACUGGGUUGAAGAAGGCUCACCGCACAGACUUCUACAAAAACCUGAAUCACAGCCUGCCCAGUGACCUCAGUAAGCAAACCUUUCAGAACAUGAACUCUAAGAGGAAAGCUGAGACCUGGAAGAGGAACAGGAGGCAGCUGGCUUUUUCCACAGUGGGAACCCCAGACUACAUCGCUCCCGAGGUCUUCAUGCAGAACGGAUACAACAAGCUGUGUGACUGGUGGAGCCUUGGUGUCAUCAUGUAUGAGAUGCUGAUAGGGUACCCUCCGUUCUGCUCCGAGACGCCUCAGGAGACCUACAGGAAGGUGAUGAACUGGAGAGAGACGCUCACCUUUCCCCCAGAAGUGCCAAUAUCAGAGAAGGCUAAAGACCUCAUUCUCAGGUUCUGCUGUGAGGAAGAGAACAGGAUCGGGGCUGCCAGCGUGGAGGAGAUCAAGUCCAACCCGUUCUUUGAGGGGGUGGACUACGACCACAUCAGAGAAAGACCUGCUGCCAUUCCCAUAAACAUCAAAAGCAUUGACGACACGUCCAACUUCGACGAGUUCCCCGAUUCGGACAUCCUCACUCCAACUACCACCCAAGUGUCCAAUCACAGCGAGGCUGACCUGAAGAACAAGGACUGGGUCUUCAUCAACUACACCUACAAGCGCUUUGAGGGUCUGACGGCUCGAGGAGCCAUCCCAUCCUACAUGAAGUCAGGGAAGAGAUGACUGGCUGGAAGCGGACCCUGAAGGAAUGCUGCUGCUGUGUGUGUGUGUGUCAAAACACACACACACCUCUGCUCAGUUAUCAGAGCAGCAGCCAGCAGAGAACCAACACAGCUCAUCCUCCUUCACUGCUUUCCAUAGGAACCUUCCUGGAAACUUGCUGCCUUCACUUUAGUCCAAGCUUCUGAGGGUACCUCUCCGCUUCCCGUUGUCGCAGACUGAACUGGGAUGAGUCUGACUUUCUUCCUCUGCACCAGGGAACGGUGCAUUUUGUCUCCAGGUAACCAGCAUCAUUACAUUCCCUCUCUGUACCAGCAUCGUUGGCUUGGAUCUACCAAGGGCUCUUCCUCCAGACGGGAGCGUUCUCUCCUCGUCCCGCUCUGGGGGCUUCAUCAGCUCAGACAUCGUAUCGAGUCAUCGCUUUGAAGUGAACCGGGCGCUCUUCAGGGAUUCUGUCCUCCUACUUUUCUUUCUCCACAUCACCUAACCAAAGACUGAAAGAACUUCUGCUCCAUCUUCCUUUUGCAACUUUUUCCUAAACUUCCAACUUUGUAUUUUUCUAGGAUCCAGAUUUGCACGAUUUUGCUCUUUAACGAAUGCAAAAAGUGGGCGAAUUAUGCAUUUUGUGGAACAAACACAAGGUCUUGUUACAUUUUUGUGAUGAAGCAUGUAAACUUCAGCACAUUAGGUGAAGUGGCUGAAGAUCCAGCACAGCUAGCACCACCUGCUAGAUCCUGCAUUGUGUAAAAGCUUUUUAAAAAUAUCACCUUUUAAUAAUAAGUAGGGGGAUUUCUUUAUUUUAAAUUGGCCAGUGGUUAAGGUGUCGCUAUGGAAACGAGAGGCUUGGCUGAAGAAGCUCCAAUAAAAUAAAAAGGAAAAAGAUAAAUACUCUUCUACCAUUCUUUACUUUCAAGAAGUGACGUCAGAUCCCAGAUCAGCUUAAAAACACGUGAAUGCGUUUCAGUAAACGUACAGCUUAGCCUUGUUCGUCACCAGCAGAACUUUCACACACACACACACACACACACACACACACACACACACACACACACACACACACACACACACACACACACACACACACACACACACACCUCUGACCCUGCUGUUCAACAAUUCAUCGAAGGGAUUCAGUUAAUUUAAAACAGUUCAUUUGACUCGUUGAUAAAUGUCUAAUUGGAGCUAAUUAAUAAACCUGUCAAGAGAUUUAAGAAGAAAAGAAAAAUCGACUUUGACCUGUUUUGACCUUCGAAAUGAAUUGCUGGGUUUUAUUAACCGCGACAAGUAAAACACGUCCAGUCAGGUUCCGACUUACUCACCCUGGCAGGUUUUGAUUGAACGUAACCUUCUGGACGUCUCAACGGGACGUCAAUCUGACGGAACCAAAGAUUAGGGUGAUGGAGCAGAGGACCGCCAACCUCUAACAUGUGAAGCACAUCCUUAAAAAUCAAGAACAGAUGGAGGCGAAAACAUGCAGAAAUAUAAAAAGAGAAAGUGAAGGCUUUUCCACUGAUUACCAAGUUUUUUCUUUUUUGUUCAACUGAAAGAAAUUUUAAUUUCAUUUCCCGUUUUGGUGGCCCUGCUAUAGGAAGAGCUGGUGCCAGCUUCCAAUCAUAACCCUUAAACCUAAAGCAAACAUAAGAACUACCAGUAAAUCUGCAGGCAUAAUAAUAAUUUCCAGCCUAACUAGAUGUGAAAUGAAACCCCUGAAGAAAAAUUUUGGUUCCACAUGCAGAGAGUUCCUGGCUCUCCUCUAGGCCCCGCCUUCUUUCUGCUGCUUUAACCGCUUGCUGCUCACAGUGUUGCAGUCGUUCUCUGCUGGCUCACGUUUGCUUAACUAGCUGGAAUAUCAGCUGAGAGUGCAGCUGUGUCGAGCUGUCGGGUCGCCUCUGAGAAUCUGGACAUUCUCAGAGAGGCGACUGUGCAGAUUCUCUUUGGUUUGUUCCUAAGAAAUCCUCCUGAGCAUUCGCUUCAAGCACAGCAACUAAGAUCCGGUUUGGAUGUUUCUUUAGUAGCACAGGGCUGAAAACUUUCCAGUGAACACAAUAUCCAAUAUGCUGUCUUAUUUUAUUUUAUUUUUUACAAAUGAAUGUACAUUUUUGCAGUUUGAUUUUUAGUUUUACUCACAGGAGUUUAACUAUGUUGCUGUAAAUGAAGCCUGGAUCACGUAUGUUUUCAUUUUAUUUGGACUUUGACACUUUAAGUUAUGAGGCGAAGAUCUGUCGAAACCCAUUCCCGCCCGGUGACACCAGCAGACGCAGGAAGUAGGAAAAGCUUUUUAUUUUUGUCAAAUGUUUUGCGUUUUCCCACAUAAAAAGUGACAAAGAAACCGAAAUGAAAAAUGAGAAGGUGACAAUCUGAUAUAAAGAGAGAAUGUUAAGUGACCUACAACAGAAAUGUGUAUCUUUUAGUCUAAUUUCCAACUUUUUAUUUUUUAUUAAAUCUAUCCAGUCUAGCAGGAAUGGUCUUCCAUAUCAAUUGCGUUAUGGUGUGUUCAGGUAGUGUGUAGAUGGGAAGCAGCACAUUAUACAAUGUUUUAGAGAAGCACGUGGUGGAGCUUUUUUUAUUUAAUUAUAUAUAUAUAUAUAUAAAUCUAUUUUUUAAACUGCUUGUGCUGUUGAAGAGCUUACGUGCUUUUCAGGCUUUUACCAAACAGCAACAUGUGCGCUGAGAGCAAUACGACACAUGGAGUAAUUUCUUAAAAACGUGUGGGUGAGAUUCUAAGUCUCUGGGACAGGAUAGCAUGUGGGUCUGUGUGGAGUGUUUCUUUUUUUAUUUUAUUUUCGGCAGAAGUUGCUCAUGUGUGCAUGUAACAUGUUGCGUCUGAUGGGAUUUGGGAAGUUGAGUGUACAAUAUUUAAACUACUUGGUAUGUAUUGUGUGACUGGUGUAUCGUUUUCUGCUACUUGACAAUGAAUUACUCUGCACUUAA